UAAAAAGUGGACAAAAUACAACCAAGAGGAUCAACACAAUGAACAACACAACAAUCAUUGUUGAGCAGUCACAGAACUUUCAAUUUCUUUCCGUUUGUCACUACAUUAAUCUUCUUGGUAUUAUUUUUCAUAAUAAAAAUUAUAUUACAUUUGAGCAGCAAAGUCAACCUGACAUUGUUGUCAACACUUUAAUUGAGCGUCUAACGAAAUCGAAAAAUGAAACCCGCAUGAAAAGUUACAUUCUAAGAGAAUUACUAAAAGAAACUGAUCUCUAUGGUGGUGAAAAACAUGAAAUGCUUGACAUGAAAUAUGUAAACGAAACAUUUAAGUACAUCAUUAAUGGGGUACUAUUUCCCAACUAUAGCAACAUUAAUUUGUAUUUGGCUGAAAUGAUUCAGAAUUCAGAUAAUUUAAAUUAUUCAAUUUUUAAGAAAACCGUGUAUAAUCAUCUCUUGCAACAUCACUUCAAUUGGGAGUACUGUUCGCAAAAAAAUUACACAUCAACACUACCUCAAUUGACAAUUAAAAAAAUUUUCGACGACUACAUUUGGUCAAUUUUUCCCCAACCCGAAGAAGACAUGAGCAUAAUGGACGUUAAAUACAUUUAUUCAAUGGUAGGUUUAAAUAUUCUCAGGUCCACGUCAUCGGAUGAACCAAAUCUUUCGUUCUCGGAAUAUAUUUUAAUCUCGCGAGAACUUGAUUUGCAGCAUAUCGAUAAUGAAACCUAUAAAAUUGUAUUAUCGUAUUACUCAACUGCAGCUUUAUUUUUUUAUGCCUCUAAAGGCAAAGGAAUAAAUAAAAUUAAUUUAAAUGAUGAAUUUUGGAGAGAAGCUUAUAAAAUUUUAUUUACCGAAAUUGAUAUCAAAAUGAAUGAAAUUGUAAGUAAAGAAAUUGAGAAUAGUUUGCCUUACAAACUGGAAAGGCAAAUCAAUAAUACCAAAACUCGGACGAUGAUUGCCCGCGAAAUACUUCUUCUUUAUUGUUAUCCUUCUGUCCAUGGUGAUUCGUCAUUGUAUCGUGCCUAUAUAGAAGGAUAUGUGUACUUGUAUAAAAGCACGUACCUUUUUCUACUAAAAACUUUUCUCCAGCAGAGAUGCAAAACAAGUCAUUUUCCAGAUUUAAAAAAUGUAUUUCUUAAGCAAUUUCCAAAACUAGAAAAACUGUACAAAGAAAUGAUAAGAAAUUCAAUUUCGAAAGUCUUAAUCGACGGUGGUUUAUUAGAAAAAAUGAAUCCAAAUGUUACAGUGAAUUCUGUAAAACCAAUACUUCACACAAAAUGUUACACUCCUUGUAGUAUCGACAUGAAAAUAAACGAAGACAUACAUGUAAUAUUUGCAAUAAUUGAAAACAAAAAAAAAGAAUACUACGCUAUUAGACAAGUGAAAGAUGAAUUGACAUUAAUUACAAGAAAUGGAAAUGAAAAAGAAUUUCUUAGCGCUAUUAUCGAUCCUAAAUAUUUAAAACUGCUCAAAUCAGAUAAAGAGUAUUUUUUUGAACUGUCACCGUAUAAAUAUAAAAAUGAAAAUUAUAAAUUUUUUGUUGAAAGAAUUGCCAAUAUGAAGACAAAGGCGUUUAUAACAAACAUGACAGAAGUAUAUAAUGAGGAAGUUCUUGAUGAAAAAAUUUCAAAUAUCGUGAAAAUUUUUAUCCCAUUAUACAAUUGUAUUGAAAGUUCAAUAGCAGGUGACAUAAGUGGAGCCACGUUAAGUUGUAGCCUGGAUAUUUUAAGUUUUCUUCCAGUUAUAGGUUUCUUUGUAUCAAAUUCAUUUAAGAUAGUCAACGGUGUCGGAGGUUCAAUUAUUAAGAAUAUUUUUAUGACAAACGCUGUUGCAAAGACAGCCGGAAUUGUGACCAAAAUGUCAUUAAGUGCAGCGUUAAAGGCAAUUGCAAAAGAUUCUGUUAUUACAAUCGCAAAACAAAUUUUAACUAAAGAAUUCUUUAAAGGUUUAACAAUAGCCUCCCUUCGAACACUAGAUCCUGGAUUUGAAUUACUUCACUCAAUGGGCCGCUUUAGUUUUAAAAUGUUAGGAAAACUGGUUAAAAAUUUUGAAUUAGUUUUUAAAACUAUAUCACAAGCUAAAAAUUUUAUAUUAUCACUAAAAACCUUAUUAAUGAACAUGCAACGAAGUAUACAUCUGUUAACUGACAUAAGGGGAUUAGUACCAAAGGUUUUAUUGAAGAAAAAUAAUUAUGACAUUGUUAGAUACCAUUAUCCUGGUGGUUCACGUUUAUUUGGACCUGAGUACAUAAGAUCAAUUGACACAAUUGCCGAAUUAAGAACCGUGCAAGGAGCUUCAUAUAAGGUUCCAGUUGUUCCAGUAAAAUCAUCCGGUGAAAUUUCUUACAAAGAAUUUGUUCCAGAAAUUAACAGUAUAAUUGGACCCGAAAUGAAAAUGGAUAACAAUGAUCUUCUUCGUCGAGUUAAAUAUAUGGUAGCGGAUAUGGUGGCUAAUGGACCGGAAAUGAAAAUAACUCGUGAUUAUCAAGUCUAUCCUAUUACAAUAGAAUGGAAAAUAAAACCUGCGAAUGAAUACGACGAAAAAUUAGUGUUACAAAAAGCAUCUCAACCACUAUCGGAUGAAUCCAAUCUGUUAGAAGAAAUAAAUCACAAUGUUCAGUCACAGAAGGGAAACUUAGAGGUACAAAAAGUACCAGAAAUUUUUGAACAAUAUCAUCAUAAAAAAUUUUCUCAUGAAAAGAGAAAAAAUCCAAAUAUAAUGCGGGAAGAUAUGGAAAAUAUUAAUCAACAUCUACAAAAAGCAGAAGAAUCAUUGAUUAAUAUCCCUAAGACUUCAAUACAUUCUGUACAUGAAAAACCAAACACAAUCAUUAAAGCAGGUGAUAUAUCAAACAGUUUCGAAUAUUCAACACCACAACUGCAAAGAUUACAAGAAUUUGCGGAUAGUAUCCCAGGAACGUCGAGACAAACUUUCCAAAUUAAACCAAACUUAAAUAUUGAAAAAGUCGAAAUAUUAUCAGAAAAUUACGUUCAUUCUUCGCCAUAUGUGAAAGAAAUACUAGAACAAGUGAAAAAAAAUCCAUAUCUAAAUCCAGAUAAAAGAAAAUUAGAUACAAUUUCAGGAAAUAUAGAAAGUAUUGCAACACAUCAACAUAAAAAACCAAAAACAUUGGAUUUGGAUGAUAUCCCCGGAACGUCAAAACAAAAUGUACAUCAAAAUUCAAAUUUAAACAAAAAAAAUGUAAAUACAUUAUCCGAAGGUUUAGAGAACUCUGCACAUCUACCAGUACAAAGACUGUUACCUAACUCCGGGUUUAAAAUAAAAGAAUUUCUACUUGAUCCAAACUUCUACGAAGCGAUGUUAAAAACCCCAACUUACACAGAUUAUGUAGAUUUAUUAAAAUUAUGUAAAUACCAACGUUUAAGCGUUAUGAUGAAAAAAGAAAGUAAAAUGUUAAAUUUACGUUAUGCUUUAAAUAAUCUGGCUCGUUUUCAAAUAGAUAAAAGAUUUCCAUUAAAAAUACCACGUAAACUCUAUUUCACUCAAGAACUUAGCGACAAUGAACUUUCAAAUUUGUUAAAUAAAUUGAAAACAAAAGAAUUUUUCUUUAAUGACAUUACUAUUUUGACAAAUAAAGAAUCAAUGAUUUUCGAACCAUCAGUAAUUUCAGGAACAGAAGUACGUUACAGCAUAACAACUACUUCGGCAUAUGGAUUUGUAGACUUAACUAAGUUUCAUAAAGACUUUGAAAAUGAUUACAUAACAUUUAGCGAUGUUUUAUUUACAUUUAAGGAUAUUUCUGAUAGUGAAAGUAACAAAAUUUUAAAUAUUGAAUUAGAGCAAAAGAAAAUAUCAUUUAAUUCUUGGUAUCAUUGUUUAGAUUUGGAUUUGAGACAAUUGUAUCAGUUGGAAGAAAAUGCACAAUUAUCAAGAAUGAAAGAGAUUAAUAAUGUUGCCAUUUUAUUAUUCAAGAAUAAUCCUUUAACUAGCUUAAAGGCAGUAAGAAACAAUCUUCAAGAGUAUAUUUUAAGCACAAAACCAAGUUUAGAUGUUCCAAGUUAUCAUGAAUUUGCUAAUGAAAUGAUAAAUGGUAAAUUUACGCAUUCUUAUCAGGAUUGGAAAAUAAAUGCUCAUCCCCAUAUUUUGGACGUGUUACAUAAAAGAUAUUUAGAUAGUAUUUCUACAGUGAAAGAAGCAGAAAAAAGAAUUAAAGAAAUAUAUGGUUUCACUUAUUUACAAAAUAUAGAUGAAGCUUUUUCUAAAUAUAAUAAAAUCAAAGAUAUUAGACAACAUCUUCGAUUUGAGGAUUAUUAUAUUUUGUAUUCCUACACGCAGAGAGGGAGUUUAUUAAAUAUUGGUGUACAAAGACGACUGGAUGCUGCAGUUAAUCGACUUGCGCUUAGACAAAGUGACACAAAUAGAGUAAAUUUAAUGUUUCAUCGUGCUGAAAUGAUUGAUAAAGAUUAUGCUUCGCGCCUUUUAGAAAUGGAGGAAAAACAUUCUAUUAGACUUAAUAAGCAUAUGAUAGUGUUUCCAGAUCGUGAAAGUCAAUUAGCAAAUUGUCUGAGUAUGAAGCGUAGUUCAUCAGAAAUUCCGUUGUUAAUGGAUAUUAGAUUAAAAAAUACGGCCGGUCUUGCUGACGUUACUAGUGUUAUUUCCGAGGGAAAUCCAUUUUAUGUCAUUUCAUCGAGGUCUGAUAUUAUAUUGGAGAAUAUAGUAUAUCUUGACAAAAUUGGAGAUACGGAAGUGAUGAUUAUGAAAAUGGUGGAUGGUGGAAGUUCAACGGAAAAAAGAAUGGUUAAUAUCGCAAAGAAUCUUGAGCAAUUAUAUUCCACAGAUACCAAGUUUUACUCGGAAUUUGGUAAUUAGAUUUCUGUAAAAUUUCUUGUUUUUAAAAUAAUAUAUACAGUGUGCGUGUCACAUAUAUAUAUAUAUAUAUAUAUAUAUAUAUAGGACAUUAAUCAACGUAUUGGUGUUGGGAAAAAAUAUCUACUUCUUAUCUAGAUUGUAAAAUUAUCAUCUCUGAUGAUUUCAAUUUAACUAAUUCGAUGGUACAUAAACUGAGUUGUAAGGUUAAUCAUUUUUAUAGUGAUCUUCACUUUUUUGGUCGCUUAAUACAUUUAUAAAAGAUUUACGUAAUAUAUGUUUUUUUCGACAAGCAAUAACAAUAAUGUAUCC